UACAAAUAUUCUAGUUUACUUCUAAAGUCGUGUUUAAUAGCAAGGGGGACAAUCAACUGCAAGAUAAGGAUAAUUGCAUCGGAGGCAUGCGGUCAGUCAAGAUAUGUAUACUUUUAUCACUACUAGACUUCGUGACGUCACAGUCCGCGACUGACGUCAAAAACCUUCUCACUAAAUUGUUCGUCACCGAUGGAUACAAUAAAAACGUCCGGCCUCUACAAGAUCAAAUGCAAUAUGUUCCUAUUUAUUUAGAUUUCGUCCUGAAUUCUGUGAUCGAAUUUAAUGAGCAAGAAGAGAGUCUGAAAACUGCCGGGUAUUUAAUGGCAUAUUGGGAAGAUGAAUACUUGACCUGGAAUUCUUCCGAUUACAACGGAGUAGACGUUUUAUUCGUGCCUCAAGAUGACAUAUGGAAACCGGAUUUGUCACUCAGUAACACCUUUGCUAUAUUUAAAGGCAUGGGAUCUUCGUACUUGAAUGUACAGAUUUACAACGAUGGAUUGGUUCAGUGGUUCCCCUCAAUGAUAUUUGAAUCUACCUGUGCAGUGAAUAUAAAGUACUUCCCCUUUGACACGCAAAAAUGCGAUCUGAAGUUCACUGCAUGGAGUUAUCGAAAGGUCGAAGUCGAGAUACAUAAAGGUAAUAAAGGCGUGGUUCUAGACGAUUACGUCAAAAAUGCGGCUUGGGAACUCGUGUCUUCCACAUCACAGGACGUUGUUACAGAAGAAGCAGCUGUCGUGUUUACGUUACAUCUGAAACGAAAGCCACUAUUCUUUCUCUUCAACAUCAUCGGGCCAGUACUCUUGUUGUCAAUUUUAAAUAUUUUCACGUUUGUUCUUCCAGUUGAGUCCGGCGAAAAAGCCGGAUACUCUAUAACCGUGUUCCUGGCACUGGCAGUUUUUCUCACGAUAAUAUCGGAUCAACUACCUAACAACUCCGAUACCGUGUCCCUCAUGGCCAUUUACUUGACAACGAUGGUGUUGCUGAGCACGGCGGUGGUCGCUGUUUGUCUAAUACAAAUACGUCUAUCUAUUCGUAAAGAAACCGAGCAACCCAUCAACCGCUUCUACGCAUCAAUUGUCAAACUGGCCAACUGUCUUCAGUGCAGACGACAAAUGAUCCAGAACAAAAUCAAACCCGACAAAAUCGUUAAAGAGAAGUCUCUGGAUGAUAUCGAUGACGAACCGGAAGUUGAAGCUAUUUCGUGGAUGGAUGUUGUACAUGCAAUGGACUUUCUGCUGUUCUGGCUUGCAGCUAUUUACACGUUCGUUUGCACAACAGCUAUAGCAUGCUCUGCUGUUUCCAAUGUCUAAAAGAUUUGUCGCGACAUGACAAAUUAUGUCUCUUUAAACGGUUUUGGCAAAACUUCGAAUAAAAGUUAGAUUUUACCAAAAGACAUACUAUGUUAGUAAUCACAAAGUUUUAAUUGCUUUCCAUGGAGAACUCAAACUUCAAUUAUAAUACAUGUACAUACAUAUUAGGAAAACAUUGUCCGAAAAAAAAACGAAGUCGAAAAAAAAAAGAAAAAAAGAAAAGGCAACAAUAAAAUGAAUAAAAAGGAUUAAUUAUAGAUAAAUCAAAUGAAAGAUGAUUGUUUUAAGUUCUAAGGUUAAUCAUUGAGAAUUAAAGUACAAAGUUCAAUCAAGAUGUUAAAUUAUUCCCGGCUGUCUUUAUGUAACUGCUUACCUAUGAUUGUAUUAAACAUACAUGAGGUGAAUAUAUGCUUGAAUUCGGUCUUAUUUCACCAUUUU